ACCCCUACAACACCCCCCCCCCCCCAAACCCCCAAUAUCAACCUUAAUUUCCAUCAUUUCAGCUACUUUCAGCUCAAAAACCUCAAUUUCAGGUCAAAACUACGUCGUUUUGAGCUGAUGGAGGAAGAGUUCGAGAGGAAGCCAAUUGAGGUUAAGGCUACUGAAGCUUUGGGUUGUGGAUUCGAUUUUGCGAGCGAUUUCAGGUUGAAGUUCGUAAAAAAAUGCUCAAACGGGGGUAGGUUGGUAAUUUUGGAUGAGAGGAAUAGGCGCAACGUUGUUGUUCCUGGUGGAGUUACCAUUCCUGAUGUUUCUGAAAAUAUAAGAUGUGAUAAAGGAGACCAUAUUCGGUUUAAAUCCGAUGUUCUUGAAUUUAAUCAGAUGUCAGAAUUGCUUAAUCAAAAAUCGUCGGUACAUGGAAAGGUUCCAUCAGGCUAUCUAAAUGCCAUGUUUGAUUUAAGUGGAGCCUGGUUGAAUGAUUCAGCAGAUGCUAAAUACCUUGCUUUUGAUGGUUAUUUUGUCUCUUUAUACUAUUUGCACCUGACAGCAUCCCCAUUAGUACUCCAAGACCAAGUAAAGAAGGCUGUUCCACCGCAUUGGGAUCCGGCAUCCUUGUCCAGAUUUAUCCGGACUUAUGGGACACAUAUCAUUGUGGGGAUGGGUGUUGGAGGCCAGGACUUACUUUGUGUUAAGCAGAAACCAUCAUCAGGAGUCCCUCCUGCUGAACUAAAAGGAUAUUUGGAUGAUCUUGGAGAUUGUCUCUUUUCCGACGGAACAAGUCCUCUGCCUGAGAUGAAGUCAAGAGAGAGUAAAAAGAAGGUCCCGGAGGUAUUCAAUCGCAUGUUGCAGUCGCAUACCAUGCAAUUUACCAGCAUAACAGAGACGUCGAGCAAGGACGGCCUCACUAUAAUUUGGUCAAAAAGAGGUGGUGAUGUGUUUGCACCGAGCCACUCGAAGUGGCUUCAGUCCGUGGCUGCUUACCCUGAUGGCAUACUCUUCAGACUUGUACCCAUUACUUCACUCUUAACGGGAAUUCCGGGGAGUGGCUAUCUCAGCCAUGCAAUAAAUUUAUAUCUACGAUGUAAGUAUUUUCGUAGUCUUUCAUAGCUAAUAACCAUAUUUC